AUGAAUCCCAAUCGAGAGGAGCGGCUGCAAAUGCGGCAACGCGGAGCAGCAUCACGAAAGACGAAAGAAGUCGAUUUCGGAUUCUCCUUUGGAUUAGCCCCCGCGAUUCCUGAAGCGCCGCCGCAACAGCCCACGACUGCUCCGGCACCGGCACCAGAACCGGCACCGCAACCACAAACACAACCUGCGCCUCAACCCCCGCUGUCAUCGCCAAAGACAAGUCUACCAGGAUCGCAAGGCAGCCAGCGGACACCGAGCAGCGUGCGAAAUGCACGACCGCAGAGACCGUCGACGUUUGAUAUCCCGCCGGAUGAUGAUGAGAUUGAGCUUCCUCGGAGCGCUAAGCGGCGGAAAAUUGAGACGCCUACGAAGAUAGGGCGAUUAGGUGCGAAGAGUCGACAGCCCCGACCCCAACCGACUGAGUCGCGACGAAACGGUGAUCCUAUGGUUGCUGUGGUGGAGAAGCCGAACGGUAUGCCGGGUAGCGUACCUGCUCACGACAAGAAGGAACUGGCAAAUGAGGCUCCCGUUUCUGCUCCGACAGAUGUACCACAAGUACAACCGGAGGUGAAUGGUGCAGACAAGGCACAGACUACCGAAGCGGCACCAUCACAGGAAGCAUCACAAAUACAAGAACCGCAAAAAAUUCAGCAGCCGCAAGAACCUCAGCCACAAGAGCAGCCAGCGCCGGAAGCACCUCAAGCACAACCCGUCGAGGCACCAGUCGCGGCAUCACAAGAGCAAGAACCCGCGCAAGAACCACAUGUGCCGCAAGAACCGCCACAAGAGCGACCACAACGGACAUCACCACCUCGAGACGCAAAAGAGAAACGAAGAAAGCGGGACUCUCAAGAACAACCAGACGGUGUCGCAGAAGCAGCCCCCGAGACAAGACCAACACAACCUCAGGGCGAAACACCACCACAACGUACAAUAUCCCCCGGUCAAGAUGCAAAAGGCAAACGAAAGCGUCGAGAGUCCCCGCAAGAGAAAGCUCCAGCGGAACCAAAACCAGGUGCAGACGCGCAACGAGCAACAUCGCCACGCCAGGCGGAAGGAAAACGGGGACGACGCGAAUCAGAGGAGCAGGCCGUCACAGAUGUAUAUACAAAAGAACCCGCUCAACCAUCGGAAUCAGCAGAAGCACAACGACCAUCGCCACAUCAAGCGAACACAAAACGACGGCGUCUGGUAUCUCAAGAGAAGGCUCCGGAAGAUACUACGGCAGCUGCUACAAUAGAGGUACAAGGACCGGGACCCGAUACUCAGGAUGCACCUUCGAAAACGCAAAAGCGAAGAGGGCGGCCACCGGCAUCUGCUCGAGAACCUCAAGAGCAACCGGAGGAUGUCGCAGAAGCAAUUACAGAAAAGACCCAGCCUACUCGUCCAACAGAACCUGAACCCGAACCCGAACCAGACACUCCGAAUGCAGAAUCGAAGCCCGCGAAACGACGAGGUCGACCGCCGGCUGCUCAGUCUUCUGACAAACCUGGGAGGGAUUCGGAUCGUCGUGAAUCUCCAGAGGAAAAGCCCCGAGAGGAUACUACGGCAGAAGCAGCCACUGAAGAGGUGCAAGCACCGGAACCAGACACUCAAGACGCUGCACCAAAGAAACGACGAGGUCGGCCACCUGCAUCUGCUCGUGAACCUCAAGAGCAACCAGCAGAACCCGAACCGGAUACCCAGGAUACAGCACCGAAGAAGCGACGGGGCCGACCAUCCGCUGUCCAACCGCCUUCUGACGAGGGUAAAGAACCUGAGAGGGAGGUCUUUGACGAAGCGGCACCAGAAGCCCGCGGACGACGGGGGAGAAACAGACGUGAAUCGAAAGAUAUGGAAGAGCCUGGCGAGGAGAUUGAGGAACCUCAACCAGAUGAUACAGAAACCCGCCCAACACCAAAGCUUGGAAAAAGAGGUCGUCCAGCUAAGAGGACUGUUCAAGUUGAGCAGGAGUCUGAAGAACCUGAGCAGCCUGAGCAGGAACCUGAGCAGGAACCUGAACAAGCUGAACCUUCUAGGCCAGAUGACACACAAACUACGGAGCAGACAGAACGACCUACACGAAAGAAACGCACUCCCCGCGGCGAAACCGUCCCAGUAACAGUCCACCGCCUCGCUAACAUCACCACCCUCGGCCGCGCCCCUAUCUACGACUCCUCCGAAAGCGAAUCAGACUCCUCCGCCGACGAACUCACCCAACGAACCAAACACCCCACCCGCGGCGGCGUCAACCAAGCCGACGUCCUCAACCAAAUCUGCCGCGAAACGCUCGAAAAGACCCUCACAACACUACGAACCGGCAUCACGAACGAAACCAACCCGCAACGCAAAGCAGAAUGGACGCGCAAGAAAAAAGCCGUGGAAGCGUUCGGAUCAGAGCUGGAAGGCCGACUGCUCGAAAUGAGCGAGAUCCUCGAUAGCAACUUCGUCCUGGGCGUGCAGCUGCGUCGCGCUAAGCGCGAGAUGAUGGAGAUGCGGAGUCGGCUGUACCAUGUGCGGCGGGAGCGCGAGGGUAUCGCCGUACGGACGGAUAGUGUUCGACGGCGGCAUGCGGAGGAGGAGAGUGGGCGGAUGGCCCGGACAAACAUCAACAACAGCUUGCACGGCCUCGAGCUUGCCGUAGAGCGUCAGCGCCCGGGUGAAGAAGACGAAGCGCCGACCAGUGGACUGGAAUAUCUGGUGCGAGCGGUGGGGGAGGAGGUCAGCUCGCGUGGUGACGGGGGAUUACUGAACCGGAUCAAAGCGUUUAACGCGGAGUUGGAGAGGGCGGCGCGAUGGUUGGAGUCGUGA